UGGGGCUCAUAUUUCUAAUGUAAUGUCCUCGCCUAGGCGUACGACGUCCUCUUUGUUGAUUAUCCGACCGACGUACGUAAACGGUUCUUCUUGGAUUAUAAUUAUUUUCGACUCUUUCUUCUUGCAUUUCCGAGUCAGAUUCCUCUUCUUCGACAACCGGAGGAGCAUUUUGUUGUCGUUCUAAUCUAGUAUCAGCUGCCCUUAAUUUUCGUACAACUUCUUCUAUCCCUUCUUUAGUUAUUCUUCCUUCUUCAUCUACUAAAUUCUUUCUUAAGGCUUCUGAACUGCCCGUUUCUAUUUCCAGGUAUUUUGUACCUCUUUUUUCUUUUCUCUCUUUUUUGAGAUUUUCAACAAUUUUUUGCCAAUAAUCAACUUCUCUUGGUUUAUAAGGAGGUGGCAAAAUAUAGACUGUUCCGCUGAAGCAUUCAAGUUUUUUCCAAAGCGGUUCUAAUUGAGCUUUGAGAGCUUCAGGGUGUCCUCCUUCAUCAAUAACUUCUCCGCCAAUCCAUAUUAUUGUUGUGAAAUAAGGAGCUGGUGUGAGUGGUAAGUAGUCAUUAAAUAAAUAUUUAACUUCAUUCGCUGCUAUUGGUGCGGCGCAGAAACUUUGAGGGAAGAAUUCAGUUAAUAUUUUCGCGUUGUGGUCCCCCACAAUCAUAACCUCUUCGUAUAUGGGAGUAGCUCGUGGAUAAUAUUCAACAAUUCGCAUAAAUGUGAGCGCUUUUUCAGAAUGCUCAGCUAUUUUUAAAAACAAUCCAUAGCUUUCUUCUUCAGUUGGAUUUUCUUGCCCUCUCAAGCUAACGGGAAGCCAAGGUUUGUUUGAAAAUGCUUCCUCCGCUAACUCACAAGCAGCCUUCCAGAGAGCUAAUGCUGGCUUUAAAUCUCUUGGAUGCCAACCUCUUUCUAAAUUUAUAGUUCUUUUCUUUUCUAUAGCAGUAAUUAUCUGCGCGGGCUUCUUUGCAUUCAAUACUUCAUCAAUAAACUCAAUUCCCGCUUCAAAAGACGUUGUUUUAUUAUUUUUCUUCUUCCACCAGUCUUUUCUCAUUUUCAUUAGUGUCCAGAAACACAGAAGUAAUUGGAUUAAAGACUGAAUUGGCUUACUCUGAAGACGUGGAUAAUCCCUUUUUAUAGCUUCAGAAUCCUUUCUAGCGAUGUCGACAACGUUACGGAGAGUUAGUUGCGAGCAUCGCUUGUGACUAUUCGCUCCAGGUAGGCAACCAUUAAUUAAAGCCCAGCCGAAAUUCAAAACGAGCUUUCCAUUUUUGACCUCUCUUUUGGAGGGGUCUUUUUCUUUAAGUUCGGCCUUCUUUCCUUCUUUUUUAGGUUCCGAACCAUUCUGUUGUUGAAACUUCAUUAACCUAGAAGUGCUAGUACAUUCUUCCUUUUUACCUUCAAAACAGUUUUGCUGUCUUGUUUUAUUUAGUUUUAUUGAACCUGAACCUGGCUGUUUGCGAACCACUUUCUCUUCAGCUUCCUUUUGUUUCUGUAUUUUCUUUACAAAAGAUUGUAGUCGAUCAUCAAAAUUUUGUUUAACUUGCUUUUUUGGUGGCUCUUCGUUUUUAUCAAUACUUCCAUUACUUUGAUUUUUCAAUUUUUCUUCUUCAUAAUCCAAAGAGAGGUCGGAAACAUGUUCGU